AUGGCCCACCAAGACACCGUCCCUGUACCCGCUGACACUAUUGACGCAUGGACCUAUCCUCCUUGGAGCGGUGUGUACGAUGGCAAGUUUGUUUGGGGCCGUGGAGCGAGUGACUGCAAAGAUCAGCUCACUGCCAUCCUUGAAGCUACGGAGUUGCUGCUGGGAGCCGGUUUCCAGCCCCGGCGCACUAUUUUGCUUUCCUUCGGCUACGAUGAAGAGUCCUUUGGCUACCAUGGCGCCGGCAACCUGUCAUCUGUCAUUCGUGAUCGCUAUGGUAGUAGCGGCGGCCUGGCCGCGCUGGUAGACGAAGGGGCGCGUUUCGAAAAAGCCUGGGGAACCCUCUUCGCGAAGCCUGCCACAACAGAGAAGGGCGCUACCAAUGUCGAAAUCGUCAUCCGCACUCCAGGGGGGCAUUCAUCAAUCCCGCAGGAUCACACCGGUAUUGGCAUUCUCAGCGAGCUUAUCACCGAGAUCGAGGCCACCCAGUAUCCCACGCACUUGGACGAGAGGAAUCCUUACUAUACACAGCUCCACUGUGGUGCAGCACACUCACCCGAGUUCCCUACCAAGCUCAGGAAGUUACUUGCACAGCGCCGACCUGCCUCAUCUUUACAGCAUGGGUGCCAUGGUAGCGUCCGUCGCAAGCCAGACCAUCUUGCACUCGAGGCUGCUAAACAGGGCCCGGACGUCAAGUAUCUCAUGCAAACUUCGCAGGCUGUUGAUAUCAUUUCGGGUGGCGCCAAGGUCAACGCUCUGCCCGAGCGCGUUAGGGCCGUCAUCAACCACCGUGUUAACAUCGGCGAAACGAUUGAUGUCGUCCGCGAUAGACUGACCCAGAUCGCGAGUAAUGUAGCCAACAAGUACAAUCUCACUCUACAUGCUUUCGACGGCAAGGAGGAGUCAUCCUCGAUUAUCCUUUCGACCCGCGUGGGUUUUGGCCUUAAUCCUGCGCCUGUUACGCCGGCUGAUGGCUCUGGCGUCAGCCCAUUUUCCAUCCUUGCCGGCAGCGUUCGCGCCGUAUUUGGCGAGGAGACUAUCGUCAGUGAGUAA